GCGGCGGGAAAAUGCGACUGGGCCUUCCCGGCGACGCCUCUUUUUUGGUCCUCGCGCGCCCGGCCGAGUCCGUCCGCCGUGAUGAUGGAAGAGGAGGAGGAGGAGGGGGCCGAGGAGCAGCAGCGAUUCUCUUACCGACAGAGGCUAAAGGCAGCGGUUCACUACACUGUUGGCUGUCUUUGCGAGGAAGUUGCGUCCGACAAAGAGAUGCAGUUCAGCAAACAAACCAUUGCAGCGAUUUCGGAGGUGACUUUUCGUCAGUGCGAAAAUUUUGCCAAAGACCUUGAAAUGUUUGCAAGACAUGCGAAAAGAAGUACAAUUAACACUGAAGAUGUGAAGCUCUUAGCCAGGAGGAGUAAUUCACUGAGAAGGGACCCAAGCCCACAAAACCCUGAUUUCGGGGCUGCCAAGCGGGAUGACGUGCCGCAGAGCCAGAGAGCAGUGCCAGUCAGCCUGCAGGAUGCCGCCACCCCUCUGCCCGCUGCUGCUGCUGCUGCUGCUGCCCUCAGGGGCCACCACUGCCCUUCCCCUGGAGGGCGGCCCCGCCGGCCACAACAGCGGGCAUAUGCAGGAAGUGGCAGAAAUAAAGAAAAACAGCCUGUUGACUUUCCUCGAGUGGUGGUAUGAGUGGGCCUCCCAGGCCAGGGCAGUGCCCUUCGUAGGAGGGGACACCAGGGAGGUGUCCAAACGGCAGGAAGGCCUGCCCCUCCAGCAGUCCACGCGCCGAGAUAAAAUGCCGUGCAAGAAUUUCUUCUGGAAGACCUUCUCCUCCUGCAAAUAGAACUCCACCCAUAAUUACUCAUGCAGAGAAGUGUAGCGAUGGGUCUGAAUAAAACGUACUAAGCAGC